AUGUAUUUGACGAUUCCCUUGACGCUGAUACCUUUACUUGCCGCUGCACCAGUACGCGGCGCGUUCUCUGGCCUCCCAAAUAACAUAUCUUUGGGAUCGCGGGCAGGUCUGUCGUGGUUGUCAUAUCUUUUUGCUACUGCCUACGCAGCCUCCUUCGAACGACGGGCGAAUGGUUCCGAGACCGAUACCAAUGGAACCACUUUCGUGUGGACCGUCCAAGAUGUCUAUCAAGGACAGACUUUCUUCGAUCGUUGGAACUUUUACACUGGUUCUGAUCCUACCCAUGGUUCAGUCAAUUAUACCGACCGGGAAACCGCUUAUGCCGACGGGCUUUACUAUGUAACUGAAGACAACAUUGUAGUCAUGAAAGGCGAUAACACAACCUGGUUAGCGGAAGGGGGAUAUAGGAACAGUGUCCGCAUUUCAAGUCAAGCAGUAUACAAUACUGGCCUGUUCAUCCUUGACCUCAACAUGGCACCCUGGGGCUGCGGUGUCUGGCCCGCGUGGUGGACAGUGGGCAACAACUGGCCAUUGCAAGGAGAGAUUGACAUCCUCGAGGGUGUCCACGACAAUGAACAUAAUCAGGUGACGUGGCAUACAGGACCGAACUGCAACCUGACACAGUCUGCCAAUUACACCGGAACGAUCGUGGAAACCAACGGCAAUCCCAACCUCGUCUGCAAUUGCGUGAAUGAUUACAACAGUAACGCCGGCUGUGGUGUCACGGAAUGGAGUCGAGCAUCGUAUGGUCCUAUAUUUGACGCACAGGGAGGUGGCGUCUUUGCGAUGAAGUGGGACGACCAAGGAAUCGCAAUUUGGUCUUUCUAUAGGGCUGCUAUACCUCAGGACGUCACCGAUGGGUUACCUGAUCCGUCUACGUGGGGUGUUCCGGUAGCAUUUCUUGCGCCGUCUGCGUGUGACCCAAUUACAAAUUUUGUGGAUCACAGUAUAAUAUUUGACAUCACAUUUUGCGGUGACUGGGCAGGUAACUCAUAUAGUACCGCGGCAGGGUGUACGGGGACAUGUGCAGAGCAUAUAAUGGAUCCAAGCAACUUCGUGAAUGCGUCUUGGCAUAUCAACAGUUUGACUGUGUACAAAAAGCAGACGCUCAAUGGUCAAAUCAAUAACGGGGCGCGCAGGCGCGCCAGCUUCGAUGUUAUGCCAUGGCUGUCUCUGGCUGCGGCCACUUUCGCGCUCGGGUGGGCCGCUGUUUAA